GGCAGACCAACAUUGUUUUGGUAACAAUAUUGUCGGAGGAAACCCGCCUGUCUGAGACUACUAAAAAAACUCCUCAUAAAGUACCCAUAGUACGUAUAGGACUACCCCACCCAUUCUCUCAAGUUUGAACUUGAUCUGAAAAGCAUGCAAUGUUUUUUCUUUUGAAGCGACGUUGGGAAAUAAAGUGGGAACUUUUGGAAUACAUGCAGCUCAUUGGCAGUGAUCUUACAUGAUGCGUUCAUUCCGCCGUAACAUUUUGCUAUCCAGGUUUAACCGUUGAUGACUUGUUGUGAUAUGUGACAUAUUUAAGAUGAAUGAGAGUGGGGACAACAUUCUUGAAAUGGAUUCUUUGUCCGAGACAAACUUGGAGGGCGACACGGAGAUAGAGAUGGGAAUGGAAGUUGUCUAUUCUCAGGAGUUUUUGCCAACCUAUGAGACUAUACCUGAGGGGGCAUCAGUGCCCAUAGUGGAGAAGGCUGAGUUCAACGGCAAAUCUGACUCUCUGUUCUUCAAUGAUGGGGUUAGACGGAUCGACUUUGUCUUAGUCUAUGAAGAUGAGGACAUGAAGGAGAUUGACAAAAAUAGAAUGUUCCAGAAACGUAAACAACGGAGAGAGUACUUUGAGGCCAGCUUGAUGAAGAUGGGGAUGGAACUAGAGGCUGCCAGAUCUGUGGUGGAUGAGAAGCUGUUGUUCGUCAAGGUGCACAUGCCCUGGGACAUGCUGUGUACCUACGCCGAGGUCCUCCACAUUAAGCUGCCCAUUCAGCCCAAUGACCUGUCCACCACGUCCUCGCCCUUCAACUUCCUCAGCUGCAUAACCAAACAUUUCUACCCCAGCGAGGACCUCAUAGCCAAGGAGACGGAGUACUUCACCGCCCCAUUCGAGAAGGACAGACUGGAGUACUUCUACGUGAAGGACCGGGACCUCUUCUUCACGCCGUCCAUGAGGAGUAGAAUGGCCUACUACAUCCUCAGCCGAGCCCCCUAUGAGGUGCGAGGGAACAUCAAGAAGUUUGGUGUCACCAAGCUGCUCGAUGGGGGGGUGUACAAGGCUGCUUAUCCCCUGCAUGAUUGCAGAUUCAACGUCAGGUCGAAAGAAGAUGAGUGCCCCAAUGAGAGAUACCUCCUGUAUAACGAGUGGGCUCACCCUAAGAGUUUCUAUAAGAUGCAGCCACUUGAUCUCAUAAGAAAGUAUUAUGGGGAAAAGAUUGGCAUUUACUUUGCUUGGCUGGGCUUCUAUACAGCCAUGCUCGCCCUCGCUGCCAUUGUUGGACUUGGCUGUUUCAUUUAUGGUUACACGACUCAAGAAACAAGCACCUGGAGCAAAGAGGUGUGCGACCCUUUGAUUGGAGGAAAUAUUGUGAUGUGUCCGCAGUGUGAUAAGGAGUGCACAUACUGGAGGCUCAACAGCACCUGUGAAUCUUCUAAAAAACUGUGCAUAUUUGAUAACUAUGGGACGCUCGUGUUUGCUGUCUUUAUGGCCAUUUGGGUGACCGUGUUUCUGGAGUUCUGGAAGCGCUACCAGGCAGAGCUGGAGUAUGAGUGGGACACCGUGGAGUUCCUGGAGCAGGAGGAGCAACCUCGUCCCGAGUAUGAGGCCAAGUGUAACCACGAGAGAAUCAACCCCGUCACACGGGUAAAAGAGAAAGUACCUUAUACAGCCUGUGGACGGUGUAUAAGAGUGUCUUUAGGAAUUGGGACUGUCUUAUUCUGGAUUGUGUUGAUCCUAGCGUCAGUGGUGGCCAUCAUCGUAUACCGACUGGCAGUGUUCUUCUCAUUUUCGACGAGACUCCAGUCUGACCUAAAGGAGCUUGAACCGUUUAAGGAGUAUGUGACCGCACAAAUGGCCACCUCCGUCACUGCUUCUAUCAUCAGCUUCGUUGUAAUCAUGGUGCUCAACAUCCUGUAUGAGAGGGUUGCCAUCUGGAUCACUGACUUUGAGCUUCCAAGGACCAAGACGGAUUAUGAGAACAGUCUGACUCUGAAGAUGUUCCUGUUCCAGUUUGUCAACUACUACUCCUCCUGCUUCUACAUUGCCUUUGUCAAAGGGAAAGUGGUUGGUUACCCUGGGCAACCUGUUUACCUGCUGGGCAAGUACAGAAAUGAGGAGUGUGAUCCAGGAGGAUGCCUGAUUGAGUUGACAACCCAGCUCACUGUCAUCAUGGGCGGUAAAGCCAUCUGGAAUAACAUUCAGGAGGUGUUGCUGCCGUGGAUGAAGAAUUUGAUAUUCCGCUACUGCACACGUGUGGGGUCUGAAAAGGUGAUUCCUCGCUGGGAGCAGGACUAUCAGCUGCAGCCCAUUGGGAAGCUGGGCCUCUUCUAUGAAUACCUGGAGAUGGUGAUCCAGUUUGGUUUUGUGACUCUGUUCGUGGCCUCCUUCCCCCUGGCUCCUGUCCUGGCUCUGGUCAAUAACCUCUUUGAGAUCCGGGUGGACGCCUGGAAGAUCAUCACCCAGUUUCGCCGCAUGGUUCCAGAGAAGGCCCAAGACAUCGGGGCGUGGCAACCCAUUCUCCAAGGUGUCGCCAUUUUGGCUGUGGCAUCAAACGCCAUGAUCAUUGCCUUCACAUCAGACAUGAUCCCACGAUUGGUUUACUACUGGUCUUUCUCUGUGUAUCCCUAUGGAGACCAUUCCAGUCACACCAUGCAGGGCUACAUCAACAACACGCUCUCUGUGUUCGACAUCCAGGACUUCUCCAACAAGAGCCGGCCCAUGCAAACGCCUUACUGGUUCAAUAACAGCACCACCUGCAGAUAUCGAGAUUUCAGAUAUCCACCAGGACACCACAGGCAAUAUGAAUACAGUAUCUACUACUGGCAUGUGAUAGCUGCCAAGAUGGCUUUCAUAAUAGUUGUAGAGCACAUUGUGUACCUGACCAAGUUCAUUCUGUCCUACGUGAUCCCGGACGUGCCUUACACAGUGAGGGAACAGAUCAAACGAGAGAAGUACUUGAGCCAGGUCAUCCUUCACGAGACCAACCUCAAACUGGUGACCAAACGCUUAAAGCCUGUCGCUGAUAAGAUCCUUAAACACAAUGAGGACAAGGAGGAGGAGAUUAUGGACCUUUACUUUUAAUCUCUGAAACUUUGUCAGAGAAGAGAGAGUCCUGCCUUUGUCAGGACCUACAAUAUUUCCAAGUAUUGUUGAGCAGCUAAAGAUGUAUUCAAUACAUGUUUUAAUAGCUUUAAUUAAUAUUAAUUAAUAUUAUUAGUAGCUUAAUAGCUUGGUGGGGACUACGACCAACCAAACCAGCCAUGAAGCUCAGCUCUGUUGCUCAGAUCUCUGGAUCUAUUGCAUAUUUAGCACUUUUAUGUCACUGAUUGUUACAUGUACACUGUUACAUUUAAUGUGUCUUGUAUUGUUACUAUGAUGACUUUUUUUGGAGGUCUUAACUUAGACACUUCUGGGAGGAACACCACAGUGCCUGGGUGUUACAUACAGCACAUGUAUACACGGUUACAUUUAAUGUGUCUUGUAAUGUUAAAAUUAGGAUUCAGUGCCAUAUGGAAGACUAUGAAUGACAACAAUACUUUUCUUCUUUAAACAAAGCAUACAGAUUUUUAUACAAUUUGUGGCCUAGGCCUAUCCAAACAUUUCUAAUACUCAAGGUGUGCUUGAUUUAGUCAGGAAUAAUUCCAAAAGCUCAAAUUGCAUUAACCAGGCAAGCCAUCAAGUAUGGAAGCUCGUUCCCGCCACCCAGGAAAAAAUAUCUGACUACGAGUUAUGAGAUAGUAAGGUAUAGUCAUGAGAUAGAAAGUCAUAAUUAUGAGAUAGAAUGUCUGGAUCAUGGACAUUGAAUAGUCCUGCAAGUCGACCCCUUAUAAAGGGGCAAUCUGGGAUUCACACAAUAACAUAGCUUCUCCCACCACAGCUGAGGAAUGGGGCAGGAGAAAUGUAACCAAUCUCAAAUACAUAGACACAAGGACUCACAUAUGGAUGCAAGGACUGACCAUCCAUCAGAUACAAAUUAUAUUUUUAACCAUGUUUUGAAGCUAUACUGUGUUGUUUACAAUUACAUUGUUUACACACAAUAGAGUAAACCAAGCUUAUAUUUUGGGUUCUGAUUGGGUAAGACCGUUACUCAUUUCUAAGUUACAGUGUUGAAUAAUCAGUGGCUUUACACUGAGUGUACAAACAUAUUUCCAUGACAUAGACUGACCAGGUGAAUCCAGGUGAAAGCUAUGAUUCCUUAUUGAUCUUACUUGUAAAACCCACUUCAAUCAGUGUAGAUGAAGGGGAAGAGACAGGUUAAAGAAGGAUUUUUAUUGAGUCAUGGAUUCUGUAUGUGUGCCAUUCAGAGGGUGAAUGGGCAAGACAAAAGAUUUAAGUGCCUUUGAAUGGGGUAUGGUAGUAGGUGCCAGGUGCAUUGGUUUGAGAGUGUCAAGAACUUCAACGCUACAAGGUUUUUCACGCUCAACAGUUUCCCGUGUGUAUCAAGAAUGGUCCACCACCCGAAGCACAUCCAGCCGGCUUGACACAACUGUGGAAAGCAUUGAAGUCAACAUGGGGCAGCAUCCCUGUGGAACACUUUCGACACCUUGUAGAGUCCAUGACCCAACAAAAUUGAGGCUGUUCUGAGGGCAAAAGGGAGUGCAACUCAACAUUAGGAAGGUGUUCCUAAUGUUUUGUACAUAUUAAUUAAAUCUGAUGUCAACCAGAUGUCAUCAUACAGGCACCAACUCACAUCAACAAAACUCUUCAAUAUGUUAAUAUUGAACAAUAUCACCACAAUCUCUCUUUCUUACAAUGUGUGAUUGACUAGGAUAUGCAUAAGGUUAUCUUUAGUUGAGGGCCUGAUGCAAAGUGCACAUUGGAUUUAAAUGAUACAGAUCGCCUGAACGUAUCUCAUAAUAAUGACUUACUAUCUCAUAAUUAUGACUUACUAUCUCAUAAUUAUGACUUACUAUCUCAUAACUCUUAAUCCGAUUUUAUUUUUUGGUGGCGGGAACGGGCUUCCAUACAAACUCAUGGACACCUCAAGUAUUUACAGUAACAUUUUUGACAUAUGUAUUUGAUUUGAAGCAUUUUGAUAGAAGUCUAUCGCCAUAGACUAACCUCUUAUAUAACCUCUCAAUAUAUGUUGCUGUAUUAUAUUGUGAUUUUUUUAUACCAAAGGUAUAUAUGAACUAACAAUCUGCCCCUGUGUACAAUAUUUGUCUUUCAAGUAUUUUGUCAAGUGUAUUGUAAUUUGUAUGUUAUGCCAAAUAAAAUCAAAAUUCUCUGUAUUUUAUAUAGAA